AGUUCCGACACAGAACGAUCAGCCAUGGUGAAGGCGCGCAAGAUCGUGAUCGCCCGCGUGUUCCAGGGCGAGCCGCGGCCCGAGGACUUCCGCAUCGAGGAGGAGGACGUGCCGGCCCUCCGCGAUGGCCAGAUACUCGCCGAGGCAGUCUACAUCAGCGUCGAUCCCUACCAGAGGGCGUACAAGAACUUGCACCAAGUCGGCGCCACCAUGAUCGGCUCACAGGUGGCCCGCAUUGUGGAGAGCCGUGCUGCGGACUUCCCAGUGGGGCGAUACGUGGUCGGCUACUGGGGGUGGCGCGACCGCACGGUGGCCGAUGUGGGGCUUGACGCGCCCUACUUCAUGUCUCCGGCCAUGCUGGUGCCAGACCUGGGGGAGCUGCCCCUCUCCCUCUCUCUGGGGGCCCUGGGCAUGCCCGGCAUCACGGCCUACUUUGGACUGCUGGAGGUCUGCAAGCCUAAGGAAGGAGAGGUCGCCGUAGUCAGUGGGGCAGCAGGCGCUGUGGGGUCAAUAGUUGGGCAGAUAGCGCGUCUCAAGGGCUGCACAGUAAUUGGCUUCGCGGGAUCAGACGCUAAGGUGAAGUGGCUGAAAGAGGAGUUGGGAUUCCAUCACGCAUUUAACUACAAGACGAAUGACGUCACAGAGGCGCUGAAGCAGGCGGCACCUGACGGCGUCGACGUGUACUUCGACAACGUGGGCGGCGAGAUGAGCAGCGCAAUCAUCAACAGCAUGCGAGAGUACGGUUGCAUCUCCGUGUGCGGCGCGAUAUCUGGAUACAACGAGUCUAACCUCCCGAAGGCUACCAUCAUCCAGCCCGCAGCCGUGUUCAAGCAGCUCCGUAUGGAGGGGUUCCUGUAUUCACGGUGGCACGACCGCUGGGAAGAGGGCAUUACCCAGCUGACGCAGUGGGUCCGAGAGGGAAAAAUCAAAUACUGUGAGACUGUAACAGAAGGGUUUCAAAACACCCCCAAAGCCUUCGCCGGUAUGCUGCAGGGUGACAACUUGGGGAAGGCUGUUGUUAAAGUGUGAAGAACUGUAGUGCAUCGGAAACAAUUUCACAAGCAGGACAAGGACAAUUUCUUCCAGUAUUUUGUACACAGAACAUCGAGAGAAAGGUGCAUGAUUGCAACGGAACGUUCUUCAUAACUUAUGUUUGUGGUUUCAGUUUUCCAAUACCAUUCCACAUCAUUAUAAAAAUUGAAUAAAUACAUGAAAAUAAAUAUUAUAAGUGGAUAGUUUGUGUUGUUGCCCCAGAUAAUAAUUAUACUAAUAUUUUGUCAGGAUUUGUAAUUGGUGGGUCCUUGAGGUACAGCAAUACGCGAACACAACAAGUAAGUUUAAACAAUUUUAUUAACAAAGGCGGAUUAUAAAACACGCACGCAACGCGCACCUAUCAUCACUGUGUCUGACAUCCUAACAGAGGUUAAUUACGGUCGCAUCGAAAGGCUCCAUGGUGAGCUAAGAAAAGAGACAUACUCGGGCCUGAGGACACGCUAGUUAAUACUGCACGCUGCAGAUGGCGGCCAGUGGCGUACUCUGCUUUGCAGUGCGUCUGGACGCUCGUCUACUGACCAAGCAAAUUGUCAGCAUUCCAGACAGGUCGGCUGGUGAGCGCGUGUUACGUACCGUAUGGCUGUGCGCAACACAUAGACCCUUACAUCACUCUCCCCAGAGAAAAAGAGCAACUAUAGGUGGCUCAAAGCGACUUCCUGGACGUUAUGAAUCUAUUUCGCCAUUUGCAGCAUCACAAGGCAUUGCAACAUGUACCGGGUGAUCAAAAAGUCAGUAUAAAUUUGAAAACGUAGUAAACCAUGGAAUAAUGUAGAUAGAGAGGUAAAAAUUGACACACAUGCUUGAAAUGACAUGGGGUUUUAUUAGAACCAAAAAAAACCACAUUGAUAGACGCAUGAAAGAUCUCUUGCGCGCGUCGUUCGGUGAUGAUCGUGUGCUCAGCCGCCACUUUCGUCAUGCUUGGCCUCCCAGGUCCCCAGACCUCAGUCUGUGCGAUUAUUGGCUUUGGGUUUACCUGAAGUCGCAAUUGUAUCGUGAUCGACUGACAUCUCUAGGGAUGCUGAAAGACAACAUCUGACGUCAAUGCCCUACCAUAACUCCGGACAUGCUUUACAGUGCUGUUCACAACAUUAUUUCUCGACUACAGCUAUUGUUGAGGAAUGAUGGUGGACAUAUUGAGCAUUUCCUGUAAAGAACAUCAUCUUUGCUUUGUCUUACUUUGUUAUGCCAAUUAUUGCUAUUCUGAUCACAAAAAGCGCCAUCUGUCGGAAAUUUUUUGAACUUUUGUAUUUUUUGGUUCUAAUAAAACCCCAUGUCAUUCCAAGCAUGUGUUUCAAUUUGUACCUCUCUAUCUACAUUAUUGCGUGAUUUAUUCAGUUUUCAAAUUUAUACUGGCUUUUUGAUCACCUGGUAUUUCAUUUGCAAACACAGUAACUUUCGAAACAGAGAAGCGUGCCUUCAGGGUGACAAUUUCAUACAUGAAAAGUGUUUUUGACAAAAGACAAAUUAAUAAAAGCAAUAAAAACACGAUACUGACAAUCCAGUAUGCAUUAACAUUGCUGGAUGAAUCGAAUGACUUAAUUCUAUUCGCUGCUAC